AUUUAUUUAUAAACCACAAUCGGCGGUGCAUACCAAGUCAAAAACUUGGGUGCAGCCCACCCAAGCUGCAACCACUAGAAAAUUGACAAGUGGUCAUUUCGUUUUUUCAAAAAAUAAUUUUGAUGCAUUAAUCACUGCUCUUCCAAUAAAAACCAAAAAUGCUGAUGCCCGCUCUUACCAAAUCUUUGACAAUCGACUUCUUCAAAACCGGAGCCGCCUUCUGCACUGCUUCCACCCCACUCUCUCAUGGCUUCCACUUACAUUCUUCUCUUCCCCUUCAUGGCUCAAGGCCACAUGAUCCCCAUGAUUGACCUCGCCAAGCUUCUCGCCCACCAUGGAUUCAUAAUAACCAUCGUUACCACCCCCCACAACGCUGAUCGUUACCACUCUGUUCUUGCUCGCGCCACCCAUUCUGGCUUACAAAUCCAUGUGGCUCUUCUACCAUUCCCAUCCACCCAAGUCGGUCUUCCUGAAGGGUGCGAAAAUUUGGACUUGCUACCUUUACAUCUUUCUUCUUCCAUGUCCGCCUUUUGCAGGGCAACCUCUCUUCUUUACGAACCAUCGGAAAAGUUAUUACAGCAACUCUGCCCUCGUCCAAGUUGCAUAAUCUCCGAUAUGUGCCUCCCUUGGACUCUACGACUUGCUCAGAAUCAUCAAAUUCCAAGGCUAGUUUUCUACAGUUUGAGCUGUUUCUUCCUUCUCUGUAUGCGGAGUUUGAAAACAAAUCAUUCUCUUGUGACCUCCAUCUCUGAUUCUGAAUUCUUGACUUUAUCUGACUUACCCGAUCCAGUUGAGAUUCGGAAAUCCCAGUUGUCUAGAGUGAAAAAUGAAGAAAUGGGUAAGUUGAGUUAUGAGAUGGUAGAGGCCGAUCGGCUUUCUCACGGUGUUAUUUUGAAUGUGUUUGAGGAGAUGGAGGCAGAGUAUGUGGCAGAGUACAGAAAAAACAGAGACUUGCCACAAAAAGUUUGGUGCGUCGGCCCACUUUCGCUUUGCAACGACAAUAAACUCGACAAAGCCGAAAGAGGCGAGAAAUCCUCAAUCCAUAAAGAUGAAUGCAUUAAAUGGCUUAACGGGCAGCAACCAUCUUCAGUGGUUUACGUCUCCAUGGGAAGCCUCUGCAAUUUAAGCACACCCCAACUCGUAGAACUCGGUUUGGGUUUGGAAGCAUCGAAGAAGCCGUUUAUUUGGGUCAUAAGAAAAGGAAACCUCACAGAGGAAUUACAGAGAUGGAUAAUGGAAUAUGAUUUUGAGAGGAAAACUGAAAGAUGGGGCCUUGUGAUUCGUGGUUGGGCUCCCCAAGUUGCGAUACUGUCGCACUCAGCAAUUGGAGGCUUUUUAACGCAUUGCGGUUGGAAUUCGAGCAUUGAAGGGAUUGCAGCCGGCGUGCCGAUGAUCACAUGGCCGUUGUUUGCAGAUCAAGUGUUCAAUGCAAAGCUAAUUGUGGAGGUUUUGAAGGUGGGUGUAAGUGUGGGGGAGGAAACAGCUUUGCAUUGGGGAGAAGAAGCGGAGAAAGAGGUGAUGGUGAAGAGAGAAGAAGUGAGAGAAGCCAUUGAAAGGGUGAUGGAUGGAGAAAACAAAGAAGAGAUGAAACAGAGAUCCAAAAAGCUUGCUGAAAUGGCGAAGAGAGCUGUAGAAGAAGGUGGUUCGUCUCAUCGGAAUCUCAAACGGUUGAUUGAAGAAAUUGUUUAAGAUUUAAAACUUGAAAGGAAAACAAAUUAUUCUAAUCCUA